CGCCCCGUUGUUCCUGGCCAGACACGUAUAUCGGCGGCUACGUCCAGGUCAACAGGCGGGGGGAGACUCGGCGAGAGAUCAAUGGAAGGUUAUCGUGGCCGGCCAUGGACCAGGCUACCGGCGCUGCUGCUGGCCUGCGCCGCCGCCGCCGCCGUGGGCGAGUGCAGGGUGGUGCACGUGGGAGAGGCGCACCGGCGGAGCAUGCUGGCCAAUGGCCUCGGCGCGACGCCGCCCAUGGGGUGGAAUAGCUGGAAUCACUUCGCCUGCGACGGCAACGGCGAGGUUGUCAUCAGGGAGACCGCCGAUGCGCUUGUGUCCACCGGGCUCGCCGCUGCCGGCUACAAAUACGUCAAUCUUGAUGAUUGCUGGGCAGAACCCGAACGUGAUGCGAAGGGCAAUCUUGCGGCGAACAAGAAGACGUUCCCGCACGGGAUAAAGGCACUCGCAGACUACGUCCACAGCAAGGGGCUCAAGCUCGGCAUCUACUCCGAUGCUGGAUACAAGACAUGCGCCAAGGCUCAGCCUGGGUCCCUCGGCCACGAGGAGCAGGACGCCAAGACCUUUGCCUCCUGGGGAGUCGACUACCUCAAGUACGACAACUGCAACAACGGCGACACGAAGCCGCUGCAGAGGUACCCUGACAUGAGCAAGGCUCUGAUGCAGGCCGGCCGACCCAUCUUCUUCAACCUCUGCGAAUGGGGCGACAUGCACCCGGCGCGGUGGGGCGCGGCCUACGGCAACAGCUGGAGAACCACCAACGACAUUGAGGACACCUGGAACAGGUUGAUAUCUUGGCCCGUUUCCCCUUUUGGCCAUCCUGCUGGCUGCUGCAACUCUGUCAUUCAGAUUGUUCAGAGGAGAAUGGUUUGGUGUUUCAGCAUGACGUCGAUGGCGGACCAGAACGAGGUGUGGGCCGAGUACGCGCGCCCCGGCGGCUGGAACGACCCGGACAUGCUGGAGGUGGGCAACGGAGGGAUGACCAACGACGAGUACAUCGUGCACUUCAGCAUCUGGGCCAUCUCAAAGGCGCCUCUGAUCAUCGGCUGCGACGUGAGGCACAUGUCGCAGGACACCUACGACAUCCUCGCCAACAAGGAGGUGAUCGCCGUCAACCAAGAUCCUCUCGGCGUACAGGGGAAGAAAGUGAGGAUGGAGGGGAGCAGCGAGAUCUGGGCUGCGCCGCUGACGGGGUACAGGACGGCGGUGCUGCUGCUGAACCGGCACGCCAAGGACGAGGCCCAGAUCACGGCGCACUGGGACGACAUCGGCCUCCCCGCCGGCACGGCCGUCGACGCCAGGGACCUCUGGCUGCACAAGACGCUCGACGCCAAGUUCACGGACAAGAUGAGCUUCAACGUGACGCCGCACGCGGCCAGGAUGUUCGUGCUCACGCCUCUCAAGUCCCAGAUGGACUAAGGAAAAACGACAUGGGUUGAUGCCCGUUCCGAAAUAUACAUUUUCCCCCUGCUACUUCUAUUUUUUCCGUAAUAGUUUGGAAGUGGUUUUUAGCGUGUAAUAAUUUUUUGACAACUUUUAGUGUGUGUAAUAAGUAGUACCAUGCAGCAGGCGCGGUGAGCAAUUUCCAAAUCAUUUUAAAAAAAUUGUGUAAUAAAUUUGAGUGUUUAUAUCUUAA